GAGGAGAGAGAGAGAGAGAGAGAGAGAAAGAAAGAAAAGAGAGAGAGAGAAAGAAAGAAAGAGACAGAGAAACAAAGAGAGGAAGAGAGAGAAACAGAGACAGAGAAACAAAGA